AUGAGUCUUAGAGUUGAAAAAUAUUUUAUUCACCUCAUCUGUACACAGAAGCCCGCGCACGGUGACGUCACAUGUACAGGUACGACGUACGGCGAGACGUGCCAUCUCACCUGUCAUGACGGUUAUGAACAGAGCCAAGACAACUUCACCUGCCAGGUUCAUGAAGUCAAUGCCUUGGCCAUCUGGAGUGGAGAACCAACAUGCAUUCCAGUGAGUUGUGGAUCUCCUCCUGAGUUCCCCAACACCGCCAUCCAGUGCGCCAGCGGACACACCUACGGGAACACCUGCGGAGUCACGUGUGCGGACGGGUACGAAGGAACGAACCUCCAGAACGUGACUUGUCACAGUACCGGCAACUGGAGCUUACAGGCGGGAGCGCUCCAGCCAGUUGUUAGGGAACCAAAUCUAUUCUGCCAGAAGAAGGACUGCGGCAAUCUUCAUAACCCAGCCCACGGCAGCCUGACGUGCAGCGGGACAAAGUUUCAGCACUCCUGCCGCCUGACGUGUGAGCCGGGCUACAAAGUUGCCGACGAGAGCGGCCAUCUUCUCCACAGUCUCUACAACUUCAGGUGUAUGGCAAGUGGACAAUGGAACAACAGGGCAGGCUGUGUCCCGUCAGACUACUGCCAGCUCGGGCUGCACGACUGCCACCCUGAGCACGGGGUCUGCAGCCUGACGGGUCACCAAACCUUCAGCUGCCGCUGCCGGGUCGGGACGGUCGGGAACGGGACGCACUGUGAACGGACAGCCUGUCCGGACUUUCCGGUCGCUGAGCCGGAGAACGGCUUCUUCUCGUGUUCUAUCCCGACAUCCUCAGCAGCUGACACCUGCCAAUCAGCCAACAGCACAAAGCCGGAGUACGAAGUCGUCUGUGUGCUCCACUGUAACCAUGGUUACGACAGGCUGAUCUAUGCCGAGUACUCCUGCGAACAGGACGGGAACUGGACUAUUCCUGUCGACAUAAACAGCGUAGGGACCUCACCUUGUUUAGCUGUGAAAUGCUCAAACAUGUCCAGUCCCAAGCACGGCAUGAUAACGUGUGACCGCAACUACAAUUUCCGCUAUCCCGAGGCCUGCAACUUUGCCUGCGACCGAGGCUACAAGCUUACUCACACAGACAGCCGCGAGAGACAUUGUCAAACUGAUGCAACAUGGUCAGGAAACAAUGCCGAAUGCAUCGCUGUGCCGUGCCCGACCCUGUCCAGACCUAGGAAUGGAAGGAUGUUAUGUAACAGCGGAUAUUCCUUCCGCUAUCCCGAGACCUGCGCCUUCAGCUGUAACCAUGGUUACCACCUGUCUGCCGGCAGUACCAGGCGGACCUGCCAGGCGGAUCGCACGUGGUCGGGCAGCGCUGCCAGAUGUUGCCCAAACGGGUACGAUUACUACCCACCGAGCCAGUUGUGCUACAAGGCCUUUGAUCAAUGGAGUAACUAUGACGAUGCUGUCACGAAAUGUUCUUCUCACGGUGGAACUCUCGCCAUGCCCCGUGAUGCUGGCAUCAACGCGUUCCUCAUCAACCUGAAGAAUGCCGUGGAUAACAAAGCCUACUUCUGGUUCGGACUGACGGACCGCGCCAGUGAAGGCAGAUGGAGGAACUGGAACUAA